AUGGGCAGAGCGCUGAUUGGCGCAGGGGGGGGGGAAGGUGGACUGGGCCGUGCCGUGGUCAGGGCCGGUCUUAACAGAGCACGUUCUUGCCCACCACCACCCUUAUUAUAUCAAUUUUCUGACCUGGCGAUACUCCAUUGGCCCUCACCCUCGCCGUCCGUCCGACGCAAGGGCUCUCCACAAGCCCUCUGCUGGACUGUGCCGCAGAGCCCAGCUCGCAACUGGCGCCCGCGCGCAUCCGCACACGCUCCGUCAACCUUCACUCGAAGCUCCGCGACCUCCGUCGCGACCUCCGUCGCGGACGGCGCUGAGCACGUGCACAUUCCGACACCGGGGAAUCACUCCCGCUCUGCUGACCAAAUUCACUUGACUACUGUACACCAUUUUGAACUGUAUGUACCGUACUCUGGUGUUUUUUUUCACAUUCGCGCCCACACACCCGCCUACAGCACCGCCCGCUGUCCACUUUACAAUAAACAAAGGAGUGGAGAGCGGCCUUCGGCCGCUUCCCACCCCAACUUAACGCUGCCCACUUGCUGGCUCCCGAAUCCCUUCCGGAAAUCUACGGAAAAUAUGCAUACAGUACUCUUGCGUCGUUUAUGCACUACGGUUUCUUGCUCUCGUUCUUGUGCCUACACUAUUUAA